AUGACCUAUUACCGCGCGCGCGGACACCCCCUCGAUUCCCUCGUCGACCUCUCGCACCUCUCCUCCCUGCCCUCGCCCGCACACCCCUUCGCGCCCACCCGCAACGCACAUGCGCUCGCGCAGCGGUUCUCCGCGCCCACCUCCCCUUCCGGCUCCUCCGUUCACUCCGCCUUCGGCCCCUCCUCCGCUUCUGUCGUUCUCCCCCCUUCCUCCGCCUCCGCAAUCCUUCCGCCCCCUGCCCGCGGAGGCUCCGCCAACUACCGCUUCGCGCUGACCAAGCCUGGCGCAGGGGAACCAGGCGGAGGGGGAACAGGCGCGGGCGGGGUAGGGGAAUGGGUGGCGGAAGUGCACGCGCAGCAGAGAGGGAAUGAUGGGACGGGGGAAGGGGCUGGGCGAGGGGAAGGGCAGGGAAGCUCCGCGGAACGGGGGGAAUCGACGCGAGGGGGUGAGAAGGUGUGGAGGUCCCGCGUGGACAUAGGCGGGUCAGUGGAGGGUGGCGCGCUCCACUCAUCACCCACCCCAUUCCCCCUCUCCCCACGCUCCGUCCCGCUCUCCUCCCCUUCCCGCCCGCACCCUGCCCUGCCCCUCUCCCCCUCCCCCACAUACGACCUCCCUAUCGCGCAUUACAGCUCCUCCCCCUCCGCCAGUGCUUCCCCCUUCCCCCCUGCGCGCAGCCCCUUCUCUCCCCCGUCCGCAGAGCUCCUGGCAGGCGCAGCGGCGAGAGGGGCGGGCAGGGCGGGCAGGGAGGGGGGCAUGGCGCGGGGAGGGGCGGAGCAGCUGUGGCGGGAGCGGGUCCUGGCAGCAGCAGGGGCGGCAGGGGGGGCUGCGCCCUCCGCUGCCCCCCCACCAGCAGCACUGGCGGUGGGGGGAGCAGCAGGGGCGGGGGAGUUGGUGGUGGGGGGACAGAGGGUGGACGCGGGGGGGCUUCUGGGGGGAGUGAUGGCGCAGAGGCGCGCAGUGGGAGGAGGGGGGAGAGGGGGGGCAGGGGGUGUAGGUGGAAUUGGGGCAUGGUAUGGGGUGGGCGGGGCAGGGGGGAUGGGGGGGGAACAGUAUGGGGAUGGGUACGGGGAGGCGCAUAAGAGGAGGCGGAGGGGGGUGGUGGGGUUGGCGGUGGGAGCAGCAGAGCAGGUGUGGCGGUGGUGGCAGGAGGCAGAAUGGGUGAGAGACUGGGCGGGACUUGGCAGGGACGGUAGGGAUGGCAGGGAAGAGAGGGAUGGGAGAGAGGGCAGAGAUGGGAGAGAGGGCAGGGAUGGGAGAGAGGGCAGGGAUGGGAGAGAGGGCAGGGAUGGGAGGGAGGGGAGGGGAGUACGGAGAAGGCAGGUGGCGAUGGUGGGGUUGGGAGCAGCAGCGGGGCAGGGCGACCUGCUGCUGCACGCGCAGGAGGACCUGGCCCACCUGGAGGGUGCGGAGGGGGCGUCGUUCCCCCAUGCCCCUCACUCCUCGUCCCUCCCACCCCCCACGCAGCAGGAGGCAGGAGACCCGUCGCCCCGGGCGGCAUCAGCAGCAGCAGCGGCAGUGCACAGCGACCUGCUGCUGCACGCCCAGGAGGACUUGGCUCGCCUGGAGGGCGCGGAGGAGGGGCAGUCGUGCUGGGCGCUGCACGAGCGCCCGCUGCUCCUUCCCCCCUCGCCCCACUCGCCCUCCCCCGCGCUGCUCUCUUCUCUCCGCGCCUACGAGCGCAUGCACGAGGAGUGUGUGGCGGGUGUGCAGAGCUGGGAGGCACACGCAGAGAAACUGGAGGCGCCACGAAGCACAUGCAGGUGGGGGGGCGUGCAGGUGGGGGCGUGCAGGUGGGGGCGUGCAGGUGGGGGCGUGCAGGUGGGGGCGUGCAGCUACCUGGUGUGGUACGAGCCACAGACACGCCCCAGUGUGGCACAGCGCCUGCUGUCGCUGCUCUCCGCCUUCCUCUAUGCGCUGCUCACCCACCGCGCACUGCUCGUUGACACACAGGGCGACCUGCCCAGGUGA